AUGGCCGAACGUGCGAAGUUGAUCUCUGCGUUUGUCUGCCCGUUCGACCACUUUCAAUUGCUCGGAAUGCCCUUUGGAUUGAAGAAUUCGCCGUUAAUUUAUCAGAGCAUCAUCAAUAACUGUCUGUGGGGAUUCGUCCGUCUACCUCCUGAAGAGGAAGCGUUGGUUGACCAAGAAGUUCUGGAGUUUUUGAAUCUUGAGCCGCAAGAGGUCCUGAAACAUGAAGUAGAUAUGCGGGAUUCAGAGAUCACGGCAUUGGACAUGACUGUAUUUCGACGCAAUAUCCCGGCUCCGUCACAAAUGGUCCCGGUCUUGGGAAGAAGCUCGUAUAUUGACGAUAUCGCUCUUGGGGCGUUGACCUGGGACCAGCUAUGUGAGUACCUGGACGCGUUGUUGUACAGACUACGAUACUGGAAUAUCUCUGUGAGCUUACCGAAAAGUGAAUUCGGGAAGUUGACCAUCCCAUUCCUCUCUCAUGAAGUGAGUGCGGACGGAAUCAGGGCCUUGCCGAAGAUUGUCAAAGGUACAGAGGAUUUACCUUUCCCGUCGACGUACAAGCGAGUGCAGUCCUUCUUAGGAAGUCUGAAUUAUUACAACAAGUUUAUUGAAGACUUACCAGUAGUUGCCGCUGUGCUCUACGAACAAGACGAGGAACGUGUACGUGCUGGACGGAACCUGGAAGCCACAAAGCAGUCUUUCGAGAUACUGAAGGGUAAGAUCGUGUCGACCCCGCUGUUAAUCAAGCCUUUCGUGAUAAUCCCGCAUGCUAACCCGUGGGCGGCGUGUGCUGUUUUGGGUCAGGGGCAUGAAGGACUCAUACACCCCGUGCGAUUUACUGGCAGAGUGUUGAAGGAAUCAGAGCUGCGUUACCACAUAGCUGAGAAAGAAGUGCUCUCAAUCUUGCGGACUCUGGAAGUUUUCAGACCUCUGAUCCAUGGGUCCGAAUUCCCAGUUGUGGUGUACACGCGCCACUCUGUAUUAAAGUGGUUACGUCAAUCCAGCACUGCAGAUGGGCGACAUCUGAAGUGGGGACUGGAGCUAUCAAGAUGGACACUGGAUAUCCAUCGGACUCAGAAAGAUGAGGACGGCCUUGCGGCCAUCCUUGGGUCUAGUAUUACUCCCAGGGAACAUUUAGAUGAAGUUGCAGAAACCCUGAUUCCUGCCAAGGGGCGUCUGAAAGUGAUGCCACCAGUAAGGCUGGAAAUGUUGGAAGCAGAUUAUCAAGGCUACGUUCUGAGUUUUGAUCGCGCUACGAAGGUCUCUACUCGCCAAGGAAGUUGUGGAUGCAUACUGGGGAAGCUGCCCGGGUGGCAGGUUGUGAAAGCUGAAGGACACAUCCUUGAAGGUGUGACGGUCAACGAUGCUGAAUACCAUUGUCUGAUCCUGGGGCUAAAGCUCACUAUGAAGUGUGGUGUCAAUGAGCUUGUGGUAGUCGGUGAUUUCCGAAUCGUCGUCCAACAGGCUCAGGGUCUGAUUAAUUGCAACCAGUCCAACCUGCAACGACGCUUAGCCGAGUAUGAAGAUCUCAUAAAGAGUUUCGUGUCGGUUAAAUUGAUUCAUGUUAAACGUGAGUUCAACCAAGCGGCCGACUACCUGACCUCUAAGACUUUCGUGCUUGGAGAGUCCUGGGAGCUCGAUGACCCUGAUGAGAUAGUGCAUCUGCGUUUUAUAUCCAGAAUCCCUGAAAAGAUUAUGAAGCCUUCGGAAAACCCAGGCACCCCUGUGACCGAUGUGGUCCGCUCGGACCAAGCCGAACUAGGACUGAUAGCUCUGAUGCUGGAAUACCAGAGUCUCUAG